AUGGCGAGUCAUGAGCAACUGUUCGGACCUAUUCUUUGCCUCUCGGAAGCUUCAAUUUUCAGCCCAUGUAUAGAUACAAGGUCGACAAACAUUAACGACCACAUCUCCAAUAAAGGGAGUCCAAACGAGACCCAAGAAUCGGAGGAAACGAUUACGAGAGCUACAGAGAGCACAUGCCUGAAGUGCAUCAUCAUCUGCUCAGAACGGGCGACAACAUGGCUAUGGAGAUUGUCGACGAAAGUGAAUGAACACCAAAACCUGAGAGUAAUUUGUGGGGGCGCUGCGGACCAAGACUCGGGGGAUGUCGACUAUAAGCCAAACCCUGCUAUCCAGCUGAAUCGAUAA